AUGUCACCACCACCAACUCGAUCUCCAGUGACUGGUAAUCCAGUGCCAGAUCACUACAUCCAUUCAGACACAAUUCAUUUUCGAGAUGUACACGGUCGAUCGUUAUUACUUCGAGGUGUAAACCUGUCUGGAUCAGCCAAAAAUCCCAAUGGACAACCAUCACAUAUCAGAGAAAACUUUUGGGAAUCAGCCGAAAGAGGCCAAGGGGAUUUCAUCAACAAACCUUUAAACUUGGAGGAUGGUUCAGCAGAUAUACAUUUAGCUAGAUUAAGAGCAUGGGGUUAUAAUAUGUUGAGAUACGUGUUCACUUGGGAAAGUUUAGAACAUCAAGGUCCAGGUAAAUAUGAUUUUGAAUAUAUGGAUUAUAUAAUUAAAGUGUUGAAGAAAUGUAAAGAGUGGGGAUUCAGAGUAUUCAUGGAUCCUCAUCAAGACGUUUGGUCAAGAUUUACAGGUGGAUCAGGUGCACCAUUAUGGACUUUAUAUGCCUGUGGAAUGGAUCCAUACAAUUUAACACCAACUUUAUCAGCAUACAUACAUUGUGAAUAUCCCAAUGCUGAAAAUCCUAAACCACACGAUUUCCCAGCGAUGAUUUGGGGAACGAAUUAUACUCGAUUGGCAAAUCAAACUCUUUGGACAUUGUUCUUUGCUGGUAAAACAUUUGCACCAAAAUGCAUAAUCGAUGGAAAAAACAUACAAGACUAUUUACAAGAUCAUUUCAUUGAUGCGGUAGGUACUUUAGCCAAAAAAAUCGCAGGGGAAGCCCCAGAUUUGCUGGAUGAAUGUAUCAUCGGUUGGGAUAGCGUGAACGAACCGGGAGAGGGCAUGAUAGGACAUUUCGAUCUAUCAAAAAUACCAGAUCAACAACAAUUGAAAAAGGGCCCGAGUCCUACACCGAUAGAAGGAAUGAGAUUAGGUAUGGCAAUACCUCAAACUGUUCAAACUUGGAACUUCGGUUCAAUGGGUCCUUACAGAGGUGGACAUGAAUUGAUAGCUCCAAAAGGAAAGAAACUGUGGCUAGCUAAAGAAGACGAGGAGACCAGAGGCGGUGGGAAAUGGGGUUGGAAAAGAGGUGAAAGUUGGGAAUUGGGCCAAUGUAUAUGGGCACAACAUGGAGUGUGGGAUUCAUCAACGGGAGAUUUACUUCUUCCUGAUUAUUUUACCACUUCACCUGAAGAUAAAACAAAGCAAGUUGAGUUCGUAGACGAUUUUUGGUCAUUACAUUGGUUGGCUUAUUCUUCAAGAGUAAGAUUGCAUCAUCCAGAAGCAAUUCAUUUCAUUCAAGCUCCGGUACUUAAACAACCCCCUACAUUACCAAAAUCAUUUUUGAAAGAUAGAGCAUGUUCAUCACCUCAUUUCUAUGAUGGACUGACUUUGAUGACUAAACAUUGGAAUUGGUUUAACGCAGAUUCAAUUGGUGUAAUCAGAGGAAAAUAUUGGUCAAUCGUUCAAGCUGUCAGAGUAGGAGAAGGUAAUAUAAGAAAUAUGAUGCAAGAUGAAUUGAGCGUUCUGAAACAGGAUACAGUGGAUGUAUUAGGUACUUUCCCUACUCUAGUGGGAGAAAUCGGCAUUCCCUAUGAUAUGGAUAACAAAAAGGCUUAUGGAUAUGUCGAUGGGGGAAGAGGCGAGGGUGAUUACUCCAGUCAACAAAGAGCAUUAGAUUGUUCGAUGAAUGCUUGUGACGGACCUAAUUGCCUGAAUUGGACAUUGUGGAAUUACGUCCCCGAUCAUAAUCAUGAAUGGAGUGAUAACUGGAACGGCGAAGAUCUUUCAUUAUGGAGCAAAGACGAUAUCGCUCGUGAAACAUAUACAGAUCAAGCCAAAUCUUCUCCAAAUCCAUCUUCGACGGCCGAUCCCACGUUAUCAUCAUCCACAUCCUCUUCGGCCACAUUGGCAGUUGCGGGCUCUGCGACACCGAAAAUCCCUUUUACACCAGAAUCAAUCUCAGCUGGAGAUAUACCGUCUUCAUUGAUCAUCGAUGGGACAAGAGCGGUAGCAGCUUUCUGUAGACCAUACCCAAUCAAGACUGUCGGUACACCCGAUCGAAUGGAUUUCGAUAUCGCCACUACUACUUUCAAAUACACAGUCAAAGUAAAAUCUAUUGACAUUUCAUCUCAGCAAAUAGCAACUGAAAUAUAUGUUCCAUAUGUUCACUAUGCUUCCAACUUGAGUAACAGUAAAUCAGCAGGAGGAACCGGUGGAUACAAUUCAAGAUCGUCCUCGAGGAAUAACUCAAGAAUAGAUUUGAUGAAUACCAAUAACAGAAAUAGUGGUGAGGAGAAUAAAAAGGGCGAUACGAUCAACCCAUCUGUCAGAUCAGUUAGGACAUCAGCCAAUGAUAAUAACGAUGACAAUUUAGAAUUGGAUAUCGAUAUAAAAAUAUCUCAUGGAAGAGUCGAAAUUAAUGGACAAAAGAUAACUUGGUUUUAUGAUGUACCUACAAACAAUGUAGAAGAAAUCUAUUCUAUUCAAAUCAAAAGGAAUGGAGGUGCAUUAAGGAGAGAUAUAGGUUGGAUACAAGAAGGAAGUUGGUUUGAUGUAUGUCCCAGUAGUUGUAUUAUCUCUUAA